GAGCUAAAUAUUACUCAGUUUUGUCAAGUACAUUAUAUGAGCUAUAUCAUGAAUGAGUACAAAAAAAACGAUGGUGAUAUAGAGGAUGUAGACAUGAUCAUUGAUGAUAUAGAAGAUGUAGAUGUGAUUGAGAGAAAAAAAGAAGAUAAACCACCAAUUUAUGAUUGGACACUGCUUCAUGAAAGCCUGGAAUCUGAAGAUGAUAAACUCAUACCUUUUUUAAACAUGCUUGAAAAGUUAAUUAAUCCAAAUGAUAGGAAUCUUGCAGAACAAACAAUCACACAGCAGCAGAAAGGCCUGUCUUUUUUAAGUUACUUUCUUGCAGGGGUUGGAAAUAAACAAAUUAGUGCCAUAAGAAAGGAUAUAGCAAUGUUUUUAGAUCAGUCUGGUACUCCAAACCAAGCCAUUGACACCUUUUCUAGUAUUCAAUUAAGUUCAUCAUCAAGAGAAAAUAGGCAUGAAAAAAAGGACAAUGCAAUUAAUCCAAAUGUUGAUGAUUACCACAAUAUUCAUGGCUUACAAAUGCCUACGACCAUGUCUACUAGUGAUGUUUAUCAUAUGACAACCAUCCUUGCUAUUCCAAUACCUGAAACAAGAGCUGUUCCAAAUGAUGCUAUACAUGACCCAUUACUCAUUGAUUGUGAUUCUUUAAUUUUCCAAAUAGAAAAUCAUUACAUGUCUUUACUUUCCCAAUCAUAUAACAAUAGGUUUGCAAAUCAACUUACUCUUUCUGAAGAUGACUUAUUUGAUAGUCUUGUUUCUUAUUGUUAUGAUGCUGAGAUUCAUGAAAAAAAGGAGGAAUGGCAGCUUAAAAACACUUUACUAAUAGAUUUUAUCCAUCUAGAAUUGAAAUCUACUCAAUCAUAUAUUGAAGCCAUGAAGCAUCCAUCACAAAAGAAUAUCAUCCCAGAAUUUGUUAGGUCUUUUAUUCCAAUAAUGGGACCAUUACAUGUACCACUCAACAGUCAUGACAGAAGAGUUUUUGUAGAGAAUAUGAAGAGAGAUGCCACUAUCAUCAAACAGAGAAUAGAGAAUGACAUAUUAAAAAAGAAACUAGAUGUUUAUGAGAAAAAAGAUAAAAUCAAACAGAUUAAAAAAGUAAUAAAGAAAGCAAAGACAAAAGUUAAUGAGAGAGUUCAAAAACUUAAAGAGAAAGUUAAUGCAAUUAAAGAAAAUUUUGAAACUUACAUUUUGCAAGAGUUUGAAAGUCACAUUUUAAAGCAUGAUGAGCCAGUCCUUGAUAAUGCCACUCACAAAUUGGUGGCAUACCAUGAAGAUGAUUCUGCUGCUGAUAUUGGUUCUAUUUGUGCUGAUUGUAAGGAGGAUUUUGAAAAUGAUAAUCUUUCUUAUUGUGAACUUUGUGGCAGACUACAAAGAAAUAGACAAGGUUGUUAUUGCAAUUUGUUAAAAGAUGGAAAAUUCAGAAUGCUUUCCACAGAGGGAGGAACUUCCCAAACUAUUGAAUCUCAUUUAGCAAAGAAAACCAAAAAACUUGAAAAGGAAUUGAAUACUGCCAAGGAGUUGAAUGUUGAAAGAGAAGAAAAAACUAAAUUCCGUAAAAAUAUAGGUAUUGAUCAUUUUUCAUUAUCAGUUAUUAUCCUUAUUCUUAUCAUGAUCAUGUCAUUAAACGCUCCUCCAAAUUUUUAA